GAUCGCGUUCGUGGGGGAAGCUGUCGACUCUCUUCCACCGACACAGCUCAAUCCAAGCUUUGCAAACGAAACCCGAGGCAUUAAUUCGAUGAUCGACGAUUUUAAGAGCAAGAUGAAGCUCGAAUAUAUAUUAUUUGAUCACGGCUGAAGCCAUUACUAAUAGUCUUCUCACUACACAGCAACAGCACUCCCGAGAUGACUACAGCAUCGCAAAGGAUUCCAGCUGCCGUGCGGCCACUUGUCAGCGAGCGCGCAAAGAAGACUCUUGACACUGUCGAGAAGUUUGUGAACGAAGAAUGCAUUCCUAGCGACGCCAUUUACAGAGCUCAGCUGGGCCAGGGGCCCGGCCGCUGGAGCUACCCACCCAUCAUGGACGACCUCAAAGCCAAAGCGCAAGCUCUAGGCCUAUGGAACAUGUUCCUCGCAAAGGGCCACUACAAAGAGGGCGCAGGCUUCACGAACCUUGAGUACGGCCUGAUGUGUGAGCAAUUCGGCAGAUGUGUGACCGCGUCUGAGGCCACAAACAACGCCGCGCCUGAUACAGGCAACAUGGAGCUUCUCGCCAAGUACGGCACCGAGGCGCAGAAGAAGAGGUGGCUGGAGCCACUGCUGAGAGGCGAGAUCAGGAGCUGCUAUGUCAUGACUGAGCCGGACACUGCGAGUAGCGAUGCGACCAACGUCCGACUGAGCAUCAAGCGCCACGGCGACAGCUACGUGCUCAACGGCCAGAAGUGGUGGAUCAGCGGCGCUGGCGAUCCCCGAUGCGCCGUCUACAUUGUCCUGGGCAAGACGGAUCCAGACCACGUUGACAAGUACAAGCAGCAGUCGAUUAUCAUAGUGCCCUCCAACACCCCAGGUAUCGAGGUCAAGCGCAUGCUCUCUGUCUACGGCUACGACGAAGCACCGCACGGGCACGCCCAUCUGAUCUUCAAAGACGUCCGUGUCCCCACAGACAACAUCGUGCUGGGCGAGAGCAGAGGCUUCGAGGUCAUGCAGGGCCGCAUGGGCCCGGGGCGCAUACACCACUGCAUGCGCUCUAUCGGCGCCGCAGAAGAAGCUCUCCGUUGGCUCCUCAUGCGCGCCAAUGCCCCACACAAGAAACCCUUCGGCAAGCUCCUCUCCUCCCAAGGCGUAAUCGUGCACUGGAUAGCAAAAGCGCGUAUCGACAUCGAUGCAGCGCGCCUCAUCGUGCUGAACGCCGCCGCCACCAUCGACGCCGGAGACGCAAAAUCUGCGCUCGUCGAGAUCGCGCAGGCGAAGAUCCUCGUCCCGAAUAUGGCGCUCGAGGUCAUUGACAAGGCGGUGCAGACGUACGGUGCGCAGGGCAUUUGUCAGGAUACGCCGCUGGCGGCUAUGUGGGCGCAUGUGCGGACCGUGAGGAUUGCGGAUGGGCCCGACGAGGCGCAUUUGGAGCAGUUGGGAAGGAGGGAGAAUAGGAGGGCGGAGGAGGCGACUAAGUUGAUACAGAAACAGAUGGAUAUCACGGAGGCACUGUUUAGGAAGUGGAAUGUGAGGGAGAGUGGACCUUGUCCUAGGUUGUAGCUCUGCUCUGCUCAUCU